AUGGAACCGGUUUUCUCUCAAGGUGUUGGGUAUGGUGUCGUAAUUGGUGUUGGUUUGUUCUUCGCCGUGGUGAUGAACAUCGUCACUUAUCUACAAAACAGAUUCUUCUCGAAUAAAUCAUCACAGGCUGAUGAAUUUACCGCUGCUUCAAGAAAUGUGCCAUUAGGUUUGAUGGUCGUUUCUAUCGUCAGUUCUUGGUGUUGGUCGUUGACUUUGUUGCAAUCUGCCACUGAGUCGUAUAAUUAUGGUAUAUCUGGGAGUUAUUUCUAUGCUGUUGGUGGGUUGAUCCAAGUGUCAGUCUUCAGUAUAGUUGCGUCAAAAGUUAAGGCAAAUGCAAACUUGGUUACUACGUUUCCUGAAGCUGGUUAUUUGAGAUUCGGUAAUGCAGGACAUUUGGCUUUCCUAUGGUGUGGUAUGGUUUGUAACACUAUUGUUAGUGCUUGUAUUCUAUUAGGAGGUGCUGCUGUCAUCAACGCUAUCACUGGGAUGAAUACUUAUGCUGCGUUGUAUUUAUUACCUUUGGUGUGUGCCAUUUACGUGUAUUUCGGUGGUCUAAGAGCUACCUUCAUCUCUGAUGCCUUGCAUACUUUCCCAUUGUUGGUGUUUUUGAUCAUCUUUGUAUUUGUCAUUUAUGGUGGUGGUUCCAGUAUCAUUGGGUCUCCAGGUAAGAUGUGGGAUCUUCUAACCGAAGUGGCUAAUAAGAAUCCGGUCUCAGAUAAUUAUCACGGUUCCUUUUUAACUUUCAGAUCCAAAGAUGGUGGUAUCUUCCUGUUCAUUUCCAUUAUCACUGGGUUUGGGCUUGUUGUCCUAGAUCAAGCUUAUUGGUCAAGAGCCAUUGCUGCCCAACCUCUGAAGACCUCAAAGGCUUAUUUCAUCGGUGCCGUGUCCUGGUUCGUUAUCCCAUGGACUAUGGGUCUAUGUUUGGGUUUAGCAGCCAGAGCCACCUCGAUUUUACCUGGAUUCCCACCAUUGAGUGAUUCUGAAAUUUCUUCUGGUUUAUCAGCUGUGGCAGGUGCCUCUCACCUUGUCGGCCAUGCAGGUACUGGUAUGAUUCUACUCAUGAUCUUUUUGUCAGUGACUUCCUCAUUCUCUGGUGAGUUGAUCGCUACUUCAACUUUGCUAUCUUACGAUGUUUACAAGAAAUACAUUAAGCAAAACGCUACUCCUCAUGAAGUUUUGCUAGUCUCUAAGAUCGGUGUCUUUUUCUGGGCCAUCUUUGCUGGUAGUAUUGCCAGUAUCUUCCACAGAAUCGGUAUUUCUAUGGGUUGGUUGUUUAACUUCUUGGGUUGUGCAACUGCAAGUGGUGUUUUCCCAGUGGCUUUGACCUUCACAUGGAACAGGUUGAACAGAUGGGGUGCUGUGAGUGGCUCCAUUGGAGGUAUGAUCUUGGCCAUCAUUGUGUGGUUAGUCACUUGCAAAUGUUACUUGGGCGAAAUCAACGUCGAUAACUUGGCCAACAGAUGGGUUUCAUUCGCCGGUAACGCUACCGCAUUGUUCAUGGGUGGCAUCCUAUCCAUUGGUCUUUCUUUGAUCUGGCCAGAUGAUUUCGAUUGGAAUAGCAUUAGAAACAAAACUAUCUUAACUGAACAUCUAGACAGUGAUUCAUCAUCUUCAGCCGCUCCAUCAAUUGUACAAGAGGAGAACAGUAACGAGAAGGAGUUGUACGAAGUUAAGGGUGGUGAACCGUUAAAUGAAACUUUUACUCAUGAGAGGGACUUGGAUCUACCUCAGGAGGAAGAAAUUCCAUUAGCGAAAUUGAAAAGACAGUUCAAGGUCUUCUCCAUAUUGUCCAUCUCUUUUGCUCUCACCUUUGCUAUUCUAAUCCCAGUUCCUCAGAUUGCAGCCCCAUAUGUUUACAGUAAGAAAUUCUUCACUUUUGUCAUUGCAGUCAAUAUCAUUUGGUUAUUCGGUACGUUCUUUGUCUGUGUUAUAUUGCCAUUGUUCGAAUCAAGAAGAUUCCUGAAGAAGCUUUUCCUACAUAUCACAGGCAUUAAAAAGGGCCACUUCGGUCCUGAACCUGAGCCUGCAGUUGUAGAAACAGCCGUUGAUGAAUCCUAUGUCGAUGUCGAGAAACGUUGA